AAGUUAUGUUAUGGAAACUGAAGACUUGUUUGUGCCUGUUUGGGUAAAAAACUACAGUGAGGAAAGAAGGAAGAACUGGGUGCCGUCAUCGUCUGAUCUCAAACUACUUUCGCUCAAUCGUCUUAAACAGCAACAAGCUUGUGAGGAUAACCGCAAGGUGGCUGUGAAGGAUGUAAGUUGGAGGAAGAAGUGGGUGGCGGCGUGGAUGGAUGUGGUGAGUAGGAAGAAGUGGGUGUCAUAUACAGACAUAAUCAUCAUGGUCAUGCUUGUCAUGGCCGCCAUCCCGCAUGACGAGGACUACCACGACUUUGCCGACCAACGCACACUUUUCCUUGGGAUCCCUAAUACGCUGAAUGUGAUCUCAACAAUCCCCCUCUUUUUUGUCGGUCUCGCCGGGCUCAUCCUUAACCACUGCGAAAGCUAUUUUAGGCUAUGGUCACAGGGGGAUCUCUACACACUCUUUGCUGGUGUCAGUGCUGCUGGCUUUGGUUCAUGCUAUUACCAUCUCAACCCAGAAAAUGGCACCCUAUUUUGGCACAAAUUGCCAAUGGUGACCACUUUCACAUGUUUUGAGGCCAUUUUCAUUAUUGAAAGUUUUCAUGAUUGGGCAAGAACAAAGUCCCUUGCAUCAACAAGCUACUGGUUAUGGGCAGCAGGAUUGUACCUCCUUGCUAGAGUAGAAGAGGUUGCGGACAAACAAAUUUAUAGGUGGACUCUUCAGAUUGUUAGUGGGCAUACUCUUGGUCAUUUAUGUGUUUCGAUGGUACAUCUUUUUUUGAUUCUCAUGUUAGCAGAAAGGACAAGGACAAUUGAACUAGAAAGACGCAUGGUUCCAGUGGAUCAUCAACUAAAUCUUUCUUCCAUGGUCUGCUUAUUGGUGCCCAAGAUGAUCUACCUCUGGGUGCCCAUGAUACAGGUUAGUGUCACCAUUUGCGAAAUCAGCAUUCUGAUGUGGGAGUUUGGUGCUCGUUCUGUUAAUCAGGCAAAGAUCUCUGACGAUCAAGCAAUGUUAGAAACCCCAAUUCGUGCUUGGGAGACUCUGUCACGAAUUCAUGGCCUUUGGGGGAUGGACAUUUACAAGAAUAAGGUGCUUCAGUUUUUACAGAGUGAGCUGUCGGAUGAGUCCUUUCUUGGAUUAUGGGGCCCGCCGGGUGUUGGCAAGACGCGACUUCUUUCACUCAUUGCUGCUAGCUAUGCCGAUUCAUUCCGUCACAUCGUAUUUCUUGAUGGUGUCAGCAGCGUGAUAGUUAUGCAACAUCAUCUUGCUUCUUUCUUGAAAUUGGAUUGGGAGACGAUGUCGGCGUUAGAGGAGCAUUGCCGAGCUAAGAUCAUUACUGACAUUCUAGUGCAAGACAGUUUUUUGCUUCUAUUAGACAACGUUUAUGAUAGACCCUACCCAGACUUGAUGAAGUGCCUCGGGGACGAAGAUGCUUGGAGACUUUUCAAGUACCAUGCGGGAGUUGAAAUCACAGAAGCUGAUGCUGAAAUUUACGAUUAUGCAAAACAGGCAAACCAUGGGAAGAAUUCGACAUCCCGAGGAAAUGCCAGAAAUAGCGUAUGUUCUGGUCUAGGUAUAGCUGUAACUUUAGCUGCACCAGUAUUGGCAGGAUAUGAAGUUGCAGGAUCAGUAGCCUGCCUCUCUAAAUCUUGCAUCUGA